AUGGUAUCCUUUUCGUGCGAGGAGUGCGGCGAUAUUCUCACCAAGAAGAAGCUCGACCCUCACCGCAACCGCUGCCACGGUGCUACCUUUACAUGUAUUGAUUGCAUGGUCCACUUUCCUGGCGUCCAGUACCGCUCUCACACUUCUUGCAUGACCGAAGACCAAAAGUACCAGGGAGCUUUGUACAGAGAAAAGUCCAACAAGAAGAACAACAACAACAACAACAACAACAGUCAGGCUCAAGCCCACAACACCGCAUCCAAACACGACAGCAACCCGCAACCCGCCAAAAAGACAAAGAUGAUGGCUCAUCAACCAUAUGUUCAGGACGUCCCCGACGAAGCUAGCUUGCCAACCUGGGCCGCCUACGAGGGCCAGACCGAGGACGAGCGUUCUCCCGUGGACCCUCUCCCCGAGGCGCCGACCCCUCCCCCUGCCAUGAGAGAGCAGGCUUUCAACGUCUUCGAUUACCUCGUCGCCACCGGCCAGACUCCCAAUGCUUCAAACAUCGACCUCGUCAAAGACAUACCCGCCGAAAACGACAGCACCACAUUCGUACGAUACGAAGUUGAUGCCGACAAGUACCUUGUUGGUGACGAGCACCUCAUCCAGUACGGCAGCGGACCCGUUCCUACCGAUGCUUACGUUACACCUGGCCCCAAGGCAGAACGCCGUCGGACCAAAGACGGCGACAAGAAGGACAAGAAGCGCAAGCGCAUGCACAUUGAUGUUGCUGGCGACGAGGAGAUGACGGAUGCUCCCCCUGUGCUUCACUCCGGCCUGACCGGCAACCUCAAAAGCCUGAUGCGCUUCCCGCCUUCUCCCGACUACUCUGGUGACGCUGCCGAACCUACUCCUGCUAGUCCCCUGAAGAAGAGCAAGCACGCCAAGCACGGAAAGAACAGCCAUGGCCUUUUGGAAAUGUUUGGUGGUGGUUCCAAAAAGUCCAAAAAGUCCAAGGACAAGGACAAGGACAAGAAGCGUCACCAUCGUCGCUCCAAUAGCCCGAAGAGUCCCAAGAAGCUCGAGUUCAACAACAAGAACGCCACCAAGGCAGAGGGCGAGGGCCAGAUGGUUCUCUUCAAGCCCCGUGCUGACAUGUUGCUCGAAUUUGUCAACAAGGGCCCUGAAAGUGACCGCGGCUGCAGCAUGCACAAAGCCCUGAAGCGAUACCACCGCCAACGUCAGUCGUCCGGCGACACCAUCUCCAAGGGCAAGGACGAGAAGGAGCUUUGGCGAUCCCUGCGUCUGCGCAGAAAUGAUCGUGGCGAGAUUGUGGUCUUUGCCCUCGAUGAGGAGUAA